CACAGCGAGUCGUGGAACGCACAGGGUUGCCAAAUCUGCCUGUCAGUCCCAGGUCCCUGCAGCGGGUCCCGGCUGAUCGUCUGUCACAUCACCCCGGUGUCAGGCCGGCGGUGUCCGCGAGUCCCGGACGAGAAACGUCAGGAAGACGAUCAGAAUAUGGCGGAAAGACCAGAAGAUCUCAAUUUGCCCAAUGCCGUCAUCACCAGGAUCAUUAAGGAAGCUCUCCCUGACGGUGUUAAUAUCUCCAAGGAGGCUCGCAGCGCGAUUUCACGGGCCGCUAGUGUGUUUGUGCUGUACGCCACAUCCUGUGCCAACAACUUUGCGAUGAAGGGCAAGAGAAAGACGCUGAACGCAAGCGACGUAUUGGCUGCCAUGGAGGAAAUGGAGUUCAAUCGUUUUGUGGAUCCUUUGAAGGAGUCCUUAGAAGCUUACAGACGGGAUCAGAAAGGCAAGAAAGAGGCCACAGAGCAGAAGAAGAAAGACAAGGAUAAAAAAGGCGAUUCCGAGGACCAGGACAAAAGCCGCGAGGAGGAGAACGAAGAGGAGGAGGACAAGAUGGAGGAAGAGGACGUUGUAGAGGAAGAGGAGGUGGAGAACUGAGUCCAAGUAUUCUGCCAUGUAAAUACUACGUGUAACACGAGGCGUCCGGCUCGCUCUCCGGGAGUCGGGCGACGCUUGGAUCUCUGGAUUACCGCGACGGCCGCGUGUCAUGGUGCCUGCGAGAGGCAUUUCCCCCCGAGGCUAGUGCCCAAAAGGUGCGAGAGACCUGUCCUGCCAACGUGGCGCGUUCUACCUGAUGGUAACUUUGUUUAUUGCAAGUUAUUUGUGAGUAAACCGGGAACCGGAUGAAUUUUAUGCCGAACACACGAUUCACACUGUUUUGUGUUUUGUAAAUAAAUUAUACAAAAAUUU